GGAUGGGCAAUUAAUGUAGUUAGUGUGAAUGUAAUAAUGGGAAAUCAAAUUUGCAAGAGAAAGAGAUAGUAGUGGUAAAAUGUUAUUAAAUUGUAAGUUAGAUAAUAAAGAAAUAAAAAACAGCAAUCAUUAAUCAAAGGGGUCAAUAAAAAGCAAUAAGUAAACAGGGGAACAAAAUCAAUUUAGUAAAGAUUAAGAGAAGAAAAUAGUAAAUAAGUAAGUAUCUCUAACAAGUUCAAAUAAUAAAGAAUUAGGGAAAUUUGAUGAAGUUUGUAAGGAGAAAGAAAAUAAAAUAAAAGCUGCAAUAAAAAUAUAGAGUAGAUACAGAGGAUAUUCUGUAAGAAAACAGAAAUAAUAAAAUAAGUUAAAAAUAGUAUAGAGAAAUGUGAUAUAAGGAGCAAAUAAGAAUUAUAUGUAGGAGAAUUAAGAAGUUAUAAAUCUACCUCAUUAGAAUGAUGAUACAUAAUUAGAGAUGAGAGGACCAUACUAAUUUAAAAGUGGUGCAAUAUAUGAAGGUUAAUGGAAGGGUAAUUUAAGAGAAGGUAAAGGAAGAUAGAUUUGGAACGAUGGAGCAAAAUAUGAAGGGGAAUGGAAAAAUAAUAGAGCUUGUGGAAAGGGUAAGUUUUAUCAUGUAGAUGGAGAUAUAUUUGAAGGAGAAUGGGAAAUGGAUAAAGCUAACGGAUAUGGAAUAUAUAAGCAUUCAAAUGGAUCAAGUUAUGAAGGAUAAUGGAAAGAUGAUCUUUAACAUGGAUAAGGUAAGGAAGUUUGGAAUGAUGGUUCAAAAUAUAUAGGAUAUUAUUAUUAAGGCAAAAAAUAAGGAUAAGGUAAAUAUGAAUGGCCUGAUGGUUCUUAUUAUGAUGGAUAAUGGUAAAAUAAUAGGAUAAAUGGUCGUGGUGUUUAUUGUUGGGCUGAUGGUAGAGGAUAUAAUGGUUAAUGGUAAAAUAAUUGUAUGCAUGGAUAUGGAGUAUAUACUUGGAAAGAUGGUAGAAAAUAUGAAGGAGAAUAUAAAAAUGAUAAAAAAGAUGGUCAUGGAAUUUAUUAUUGGGCAGAUGGUAAAAAAUAUGAUGGGAUGUGGAGUGAAGGUAAAUAAAAUGGAUAAGGAUUAUUUAUAUUUGCAGAUGGUACUUAAAAACAUGGUAUAUGGAAAGAUGGAAAAAGAAUAAAAUGGCUUGAAAUUGUUACUUGA